AUGGUGGUUAAUCCCGCUUACAUUGAGAUGCGAGGAUUGAGGAGGUUCGGAAGGCGGUGGCAAUGGGAUCGCAUGGAGGGUAGGUUGGUGAAGGUUGUGGGACAGCGGAGAACUAUAGGAACCCUAAUGGCCACUCACAGACGAGGUCGUACACGUUCACGAGCAGAGAGUAGAAAUGAGCAACCGGCCGAUAACUAUGCCGAAUUCAUGGCGGCAAUGGUUAACCUUACAAAUACCAUGGAGGCAAAUACUGCUGCGACUCUGCAAGCUGUGCAGAGGUUGGGCCAACCGACUGGGAAUGGUAAUGGAGAUGACAACAGAAAUGAUAAUCCGGAAGAAAAUGGUGAUAACAUGGGAGCUUUCUAUAAGAAGUACUUUCCUGAAUCUGCAAGGGAAACGAAGGAGAUGGAACUUAUGCAGUUGAAGCAAGGUUCCUUAUCUGUGGCGGACUAUACUAGCCGAUUUGAGGAGCUCUGUAGGUUCUCUAAGUAUGCCAAAGGAAGAGGGAAUCAGAGUAAGAUUUCUCCAGAUUUAACUUGUGUGCGUUGUGGAUGUUUUCAUCCAAAUGACUCUUGCAAGAUUGGUAUAGGUGGUUGUUUUAAUUGUGGUUUGCCUGGUCAUAUUACGAGAGAUUGCACUUGUGGGAAGAACCCGAAUGCGGGUCAGAGUCAACACCAAGGGCGAGUGUUUGCUAUGAACGCCAAGGAUGUUGCUAAGACGGAUCCUCUAAUGAGAGGUAACUGUUUAAUUGGUGGUAAAAUCUUUGUUGCAUUAUAUGAUAUUGGAGCUUCGCAUUCAUUUAUUUUGUUUGACAAAGUUGAGGAACUAGGCUUGAAAAUGUCAGAAUUGGCAUUUGAAUUGCAUGUACAUACUCCGCAUCAGACGGUUAUGGCUAGGUCAGGUUAUAGGCAAGUAGGUUUCAAGCUUGAGGGUAGAGACUUUGUGCAUGACUUGAUCUGUUUACCAAUGUGUCAGGGUUAUAUUCUGUUGGCUGCAAAUUCGUUAGGUGAUAAUCAGAACCUUGAUCAAAUCCCGAUAGUUAGAGACUUUUUGAAGGUGUUCCCGAAAGAUAUUCCUGAGUUCCCACCUCAAAGGGACAUUGAAUUAGAGCCGGGAGCUGGACCAGUAUCGAUUGCACCGUAUCGAAUGGCUCCGAUAGAGCUGGCUGAAUUAAAGACUCAGUUGGAAGAGCUUUUGAAUAAGAGGUUCAUUCAACCGAGUGUAUCUCCGUGGGGAGCGUCAGUUUUAUUGUUAAACAAAGUGACGGUGAAGAACAAGUAUCCAUUACCUAGAAUCGAUGACAUAAUUGAUCAAUUGCAAGGAGCUGGGGUGUUUUCCAAGAUUGACUUAAGAUCCGGUUACCAUCAGAUAAGGGUGAAAGAGGAUGACAUUUCGAAAAUAGCGAUUAGGACACGCUAUGGACACUACAAGUUUGCGUUGAUGUCCUUUGGGUUGACGAAUGCACCUGCUGUGUUCAUGGACUACAUGAACAAAGUAUUUUGUCCUUUUUUGGAGAAAUUCAUGGUGGUUUUCAUAGACGACAUCUUAGUUUAUUCUAAGAUGGUGAAGGAGCAUAAGGAACACAUGAGAAUUGUGUUUUGA